AUGUUUGUUGAGCUGGCCCCGGUGUUAUUGGCUCUGCCGACCCUGCUCGUGUCGCAGGUUUUGACGGUGACAGUUCCACCAGAGAGUCCAGACUCUGUCACGGCAUACCUGCUGCUCAACUGGGUGCAGUCGAUGUUUUUUGCAUCCCUGUCGCUAGUCACCAUGAUGGCGAUCUUCAGCUACAUAUCUGUGCACGAAAGAAGCAAACCAGGAAACGGUGGUGAAAGUAUUGCCAGUCCUAGCGAAACAUCGUGGUUCGCUACUGUCAAUAACAUGCUGUACUUGUGGACUCCAUUGGUGUUUUUCUUUCUGUCCACUCACUACCUUGGACUGCUAAGAGUGAUAUCCCUUUUUACGGUGUGUCAAAUGUUGAGCACCACGUCCAAAAAGUCCUCUCACCGUUCAUUUCAGAUGGAAAACAAUUACAGCGUCAGUGACUGCAGUUUUCUGUUGCUAUUUUACAAAAAGUUCCAAGUUUACAUUAUAUUCCUGUUGUCUUUCAUUUUUGACCUAAUCUACGGACUCUAUUUUGAAAAAGAAAAGUUACUCUGUCGUCUGUUCGGCUAUGUUCUAUUUAUUACCCCAUUCUUUGCGCUGACAACUAACGCCUUAAACGACAAGAUAUCAUCAAGUAACUUGGCUUUCGACUCGAACAUAAAGAUCCACUUGUUGAUAGCUGCUGCCGCUUUGCUCAAGUUGGUGUAUUCAUAUAUGGACGUAUACAAUUUCAAAAUGAUGCUGGUUUCUAUCGGGUCGCUGAUCAUAUUAUUAUUCAGUCAGUUCGAAAGUACCACUACGAACAAGCUGAAACUCCAAGUAUUGAUAAAAGACAUUGUCAGUCCGGAUUUGCUACUACAGCACUACAAGCUGAACUACUUGACUUUGAACGCUGUUGUUUUAGUCAUUACUUUUCUAAAUGAAAGCGUGAAUCCAGAUUUUUCAUUUGCAGAAGCAUUCGCAAUUUUUGUCGGAAACUAUGCAGUAAAGUUUAGUUUCAACAUACUGGUCAUGUUUCUUUUAAAUGUCGAAAAUAGCUUAAUGGUUGGAACCCGAAAUGCCGUUUUUGAUACAACAAAGGCAGAUGCAGAAACAACUCUUUUUGGAUUGUUUGUCCAGUUAAUAAAUUCAGACGAGUCCAAGUCCAUUUUCAAUUUUCUUCUUUUGAAUGUCGCAUUCAUGUUUAUUCAGUUGCUAUAUUCGUUCAGGUCAAAAUCAUUGAGUUUAUUAAGUGACUCGCUUCACAUGCUUCUUGACUGCACCUCUUUGCUUCUAGGGUUGAUGGCAUCAAUAAUCAGCAAAAAUAACCUUAAGACGCCUAGCCAGAAGUACCCGUUUGGCUUGAACAGAAUUAAAACAUUGUCUGGAUUUACCAAUGGCUCGUUACUUCUAGGUAUUGUUUUUGGUAUAUACAAUGAGUCCAUUCAAAGGUUUCUAAAUCCAGUCAAACUAGAAAAUACUACUGAAUUGUUGAUUGUAAGUUUUUUGGGAUUUUUGGUGAAUUUGGUGGGGAUAUUUGCGUUUAAUCAUGGCCAUGAUCACAGCCAUGGUCACAGCCAUGGUCACAGCCACAGCCAUGGUCACGGUCACAGUCACAGCCCCGAAAUUAGUCAAGUUCAAAGCCAGGACCAAAGUCAUAGCCACAGUCAUGGGCAUGAUAGUAGCUACAAAAGUUGUCCCUCGAAAGAUCAAAGCACAACAUGCACACAUAGUCACGACCAUGAUCAUGAUGAACAACAUAAUGACAAAGAAGAUAAUCAUACCCACUCUCACAACACUCAUGAGACUGCCAAUGAAAAAAAAGAGCUAGAAAUCAAGAUCCCAAUCGAGCCUUUAGAAGAUGACGACUGCAGCGGCAGUAUCGAUCAUCACGAUGACGAUAAUAUGCAUGGUAUUUUUCUACAUAUCAUGGCAGAUACACUAGGAUCUGUUGGUGUCAUCAUUUCAACAAUUGUUGUCAAAAUGACUGGCUGGAACUUUGUUGAUCCCCUAGCCUCGAUGAUGAUUGCUUCUCUAAUUUUUCUGUCUGCGAUUCCAUUAUUGAAAUCGUCAUCUGCAAAUCUCCUAUUAUCGUUGCCUGAUGACACAGAGGAAGAACUCAAAUACCUCCUCAACGAGGUUCUCAAGAUACCUGGUGUGAAAUCCUACACCACCCCAAGAUUCUGGCCUCAGGAUGGCCCUAAAUCUAAUCUUAUCGGUUAUCUGCAUGUCCAGUAUUUUCGGACAGAAAACUCUACGCAUAUCAAAACCAACAUUGAUCGACUGUUCAGUAAAAGUAGUGCUGUCAAAACUUUCUAUCUACAACUUGAAAAUGAAGUGGACGAAUGCUGGUGUCGUAAGGACGGUGUUUUCAGCACAUACUAA